UAUUAUUUUCCGGGGAACCGAAUCUCACACACCAGGGCAUUCAGUCGCUACCUGUGCAGACAGGACGCUGUUAAGCGACUCUCACACGUGAUGCUGUGACGCUGACGGAGAGGCUGGGAUCAUCCUGUCGUCUGUCAUUCUGUGAGGUCAGCUUCCAUCCUUCAUCUCCGGCGGGUUUGUGCAGACUUUGGAAUUAUGACCGCCUGCCUGUGCGCCGCGGCCAAAAGCCAGCCGCUCAACGAGCGACCCAUCAUCGGUGUGUUAGCGCAAGAACACCUGACUGACGACCAGUUUGCUCGCGGUUCUUCUUAUAUUGCUGCCUCCUACAUCAAAUACCUGGAGAGUGCUGGAGCCAGGGUUGUACCCAUCAGGAUCAAUCUAACAGAAGAAGAAUAUAUUAAGAUAUUCAACUCAAUAAAUGGGUUGCUGCUGCCAGGGGGAGACCUAGACAUUCAGACAUCCCAGUCCACUCGAGUUGCUAGGAUCUUUUACAACUUGGCUCUGAAGGCCAAUGAUGCAGGGGAUUACUUCCCUCUCUGGGGAACAUGCCAGGGCUUCCACCAACUCUCCGUCCUCACGGCCGGAAAAAACCUGCUCACUCUCACCAAAACCAAGGCUGUGGCAUUGCCUCUCGUUUUCUCGCCAGCGGCCCAGUCCAGUCGCCUGUUCAGGAAUUUUCCCAAGGAUGUGCUGCAGUCUCUGGUUAAUGAAAACAUCACUCCCAACUCCCAUAGCUUGAGUCUUUCCAUGCAGAACUACAGCCAAAAUGCCGAACUGAAGAGGUUCUAUAGAGUCCUGUCCACCAACAGCGAUGGAGAGAAAGAAUUCAUCUCCACUAUGGAAGCUUAUCAUUACCCAUUCUACGCGGUGAUGUGGCAUCCAGAAAAGAUUCCUUUUGAGUGGAUCGAUAAUCCAGGGAUGGUUCACACUGUCUCUGCUUUAAGAGCCAGCUUCUACACUGGAACCUUCUUUGUCUCUGAAGCCAUGAAGAGCCAGCACCGCUUCUCCAAUCCUGUUGAAGAAGACAGAGCUCUUAUUUACAACUUCUCUCCUGUCUACAGAGGAUCUAAUACAAUCUUUGUCCAGAGCUAUUACUUUGAUUGAUGAAAAAUAAUAAGGAAGGAAAGAUUGUGGGAUAAGUCAGAAUUAUCAUAUUUCCAAAAUCACUUUAAAUAGCCUGACACAUAAAUAAAGGAAAGUUUAUCAGAAUAGCUUAAUAUUGAAUAAAAAAUAAAACAUAAUGAUAAAGCAAAGAAAAGCUGUACACUCCUAAUAUGCAAAUGUGAAAAACGCAAGCUUUUGAUCUUAAAUAUACAUUGCCAGGAGAAAGCAUUUAGGGUGAAGUCAGUUUGGAGAAUUAGUCAACAGCUCUCAUGGGGGAGUCAAGCUAACUGCUACUCUGGCAGACAUGUCAAAAGAGAUUUGGGGCCUGUUGGCAAAUUUGGCACUAAUCUUUUAAAUAAGUAAGAAAUUUACUUCAAAAUGAACCUAAAUCAUUCUCAGUGUUCUCCCAGGAUGGGUGAACACAAUCGGUCCUCUCCAUCAACACGUCUUUGUCAAGUUUUUCUCCUUUCAAACUUCAUGGUACGGUC